AACUUAACGUCCAAAACCUAAAAACCACCAAUAACUAAGUCUAAGCAAAUAAAUGCCCAAACCUUUCAUCGAAAUUUCCAUCUACUCCUCACUUCUCCGACGUUUUCCUGAUCGCCGAACUACACUCCGGGGAGCAAUGUCUCUGUCCUUGCUCUCUCAUUCUAUGCACUUCACACCACCCUCCUCCUCACGUGCCAAUCCUGUUGGGCCCACCCUUCACGGCCGGUUGAUCAAUUUUCCGGCCAUUCAUGGUUCGCCGCUCCGGCCACCGAUGCUCCGGUCAAUGACCACUCCGGCUAGAUGCUGCUCCGCUCUUCCGCUUGACUUCAAAGGCGGCCAAAGAAUGAGUGGAUUCCAUGAAAUUGAACUCAAAGUCCGGGACUAUGAAUUGGAUCAAUACAAUGUUGUAAACAAUGCUGUUUAUGCGAGUUAUUGCCAGCACGGUCGGCAUGAACUUCUGGAAAGAAUUGGUGUAAAUGCAGAUGAAGUUGCACGCACUGGUGAUGCAUUAGCGCUGUCAGAGCUGUCACUUAAGUUUAUUGCACCUUUAAGGAGCGGAGACAGGUUUGUUGUGAAGGUGCGGAUAUCUGACUUGUCACCUGCUCGUUUAUUCUUCGAGCACUUCAUCUUCAAGCUUCCGAACGAAGAGCCCAUUCUGGAGGCCAGUGGAGUAGCAGUGUGGCUUAACAAAAGUUAUCGUCCAGUCCGCAUUCCUCCAGAGUUUAGAUCCAAAUUUGUUCAGUUCCUUCGUACGGUUGAAUCAAGCUAACAUUACCACAAAAGGAGAGUUUUAGUUCCACCAAAGGCGCCAGCUUGUAAUACCAGAUAAGAAGUCUCCGGUUCAAUCCUUGUUCUCAGGUUCAGUAAACAAUAUUUAGGAGAAGAAGAAGAAGAUAAGAAGUCUCAGGUUCAAUCCUUGUUCUUUUCAACUUCAAGGAAUUGAUCUUUUUUAUUGAGUAAUUAUAUUGAUUAUAUUAAAAAAAAAAUUUAACAAAGGGUUUGAAAUUAAGUAACUAGAUAUAUUCCAAAUUAUAAUUAUUUAAGCUCCAAAUUUGACUGUUGAACAUGAGGCAUACGAAAGUACUCGGUGGAUGUUGUGCAAUUUUCUGUAUUUAAUUGUUAAAUAAUUUUUAUAAUGUCUUUUAAUUAAGUUGUGUGUUUUGGUA